AGGCGUCCACUAUAGAGAGGUGUCCACUAUGAGAGGUUUUACUGUAUGCACAUACAAUGUUAUAGUGGAAAAGUUCCAACAUGAAUUGGGAAAAACAAUAUAUAUGAAGGAAAGAUGAAACUAGGAAAUGUCCAAGAUAUCCGUAUAGUGACUAUAAGGGAAAAUUCCAUGAGUCACUACCAGAAGUGUAAGCCGAAGGGUAAAACGGUUGCUGUUUUAAUAGUCCAAUUUUUUGUCCAUGGCGGUGGCGCCUACUAGACUCUAUGUUUUUUUUUACACCUGCAGCAGCGACUUUAAUUGUAAAAUUUCUUUUUCCAUAGCAGCGGCGGCUAAUAUACUUUAUGCUUUUUUGCACCGGCGGCGGGUUUGACAACCAAAAAAGAAAUAUUUUUGCUCCUAAAAGACAAGAAAAUGACCGAUCGCAUAUGUAUCGAUGUCAACGGUGGUGCAUCACGCUAUUAUCGAAAAUUUUCGUUCGUGGCGGCGGCGGAACGACUGAACUAACUUCUUCACAGCGGCGGCGGCGGCGUCGGCGUAGCUGAAUGGCUUACACCUCUAGUCACCACAUGAUAUGUUCGUUCUCUUUCGUUCUGCCGGGUAUUUUUUUUUCUAGUGUAUCCUCUUUAAAUUUUCCUGUGUUUUCUUUCUUUCUUGCUUGGCGGUGAUCAUUCAUAUAUUUUUAUAACUGUAUUGUGUUAUCUAUUAGUAUGUUCCAAUUUGCUUCUAAUAUCUAAUAUAAAUACCUGUUGUUUCUAUGUAAUGUCAGAGGAAUGAUUAGAGAAAUUAACUGAUUCAAACUUAAUAUAGCAAUUUACACAUACAAAAACAUAUAUCGAACAUAAUAUUAAUCUUCUUAUUAAAAUUUAUAGACUAAAAUUCUUUUCUUUUUAGACUUCAAUGAUGAAUCAAACUUCAACUAAUCCAUCAAAUGCUAUGAUAUCAACUCAACCUCAACAAACAGUUGAUAACGAGCUAAUAUUAAAUCAAACGAUUGCUUCAUUAUCAAUCAACAAUCCUGAACAACAAUAUACUGAUGUUCAACGAAAACAAUUUAUUCAAAAACAAAUUGUUUUAUUAUUACAUGCACAAAAAUGUCAACAACGUGAAAACCAAACUAUUAAUGAUGAAACAACACGUCCAAAUACGUGUACAUUACCACAUUGUAGUACUAUGAAAAAUGUUUUACAACAUAUGACAAAAUGUAAUGAUCAUACAACAUGCACUAUUCCUCAUUGUGUUACUUCACGUCAGAUUAUUUCACAUUGGAAACAAUGUAAUAAUUCUCAAUGUUCAAUUUGUCAACCACUUAAAACACCAUCAAUCUUAGCUCUAUUAUAUCGAACAACAAAUAAUAAUAUUAAUGCAACAAAUGCACCAAUAACAAUCAAUAAAGAAUGGCAAAGAUGUAUUACACAAGAGAUACGUCAACAUCUUGCACAAAAAAUUAUAACAGCACUUAUACCAAUAACUAAUACGGAUGCUAUUCGUGAUAUACUUAUUAUUUAUUUAGCUGAUUAUGCUCGAUGUAUUGAAAAUGAAGCGUUUGAAAUAGCUGAUAGUCGUGAAGAAUAUUUUCAUAAAUUAGCUGUAAAAAUUUAUAAACUUCAUAAGGAAUUAGAAGAUCCUAUCAAUCAAAAUAUCGAUUUUAACUAA